CAACUUUUGGCGUCGCGGUAAUGUCAACAAUGGCAUAUUGUCGCAGCGCAAACAGAUUUCCCCAUGCUAAUCGCGGAAUGCCAAUGCCAAGUGCUUCCCCCGGGAGGGGCACUGCCUUGCAUCGAAAUCUUUAUCGGAUCGAAACAAAUGGGAUCGGAUCGCCAGAAGUUGCUCACUUGCGUACUGCGUCGCAGUGUUUCCGCCGAUUUGCGUCCGUUUCGCUAUCAGCUAUCAGCUGGGCAUCGCGAUUUCACGCUCACACCUCGCCGAGCGAAUUCCUACACCUUUCCGCUAAUCAGCAAUCUGGACAGGAAGUGCUUCUUGGGUUCGCAAAGCCCGAAUCCCAUCCAGACAUGUGCCGAGUCAGACUUUCUUGUUUACCUCAGUCAGCGAGGGACCUGCGGACUGGGGGCGUAGAUGUUAUUUACUUGUACCCAGAAAAUCGCGAGGGUUGUGUAAUCGUCGUUGCUAAUAGCCGCUGGAUCUGCGUAUUUAACAAAUUAUGUCAAUAAUAAAUUUUGAUUUAGUGUCGCCUCAGUCGAAGGUGUCACCAAAGAA